UCAUACAUACCCAAAAUUUUCCAAAUCGAGGGUACGCUUGCAUGCUGAGCACGUUCGAAAGCAAUUAUCGUAAGCUUUAUCAGACAGUGAAUCUUACGUUUUGCAUGUAUAUCUUACCAAUACUGCGCUUAUAGACUCGAGUGUGCAGGUAGUCAUCCGCGGCGACGCGAAUGAGGCUCUGCGUUUGAGACGGCGCCAAAAAGACGAGCCAGAGGAGAAAGAAAACAGCGACGAUGAUGAGGUUAGUGACAACGAAGGACGUCGUGGGGUUGUGUCUGAUCGGCUGGAACUUAACAAGAAGACUGUGAUUCAACCUUAUCCGAUCUAUCUGAAGAUUGAGAUCGGCUGUCAAGAUGAUGUGAGGGUGGGCUUGAAGUUGUACUACUUGCCGGAGCUGCGGGUGACUUGCAUGAAGUACAAAAUCACUGGUAAAUUGCCCACAUAUGGGUAA